AAUUCUUUAGAUUUGGGUCGGAUUUCUCUCAGUUUCUUCGGGUCGAGAUCAGUUCAGAGAUUGUCAGCCCUAUUUGUAAUGGUAAGUUGAAAAUAUAUCCACCGUCAACGUGGCGAGUAUUUCAUUUGAUAGAAAAAAGAGAAAAAAAAUGGAUGGACGAAAACUCGAAAUUAAUGAAGCGGAAUAAAAAAAUUAAAAAAUAAAAUAAAAUAAACUUCCGAAUCAGCAUUCUCCAGAACCUUCCUGCGCCUUAUAAGGCUAUUCCCCACCACAAUUUUCAGUUUUCCACAAACUUCCGCAUUUUAGAGAGAGAUAAUCUUCUCCAUUCUCAAUUUCUCAUCAAAUCUCACAAUCUCAGAAAUUUCGAUCAAUCAGUUUUUCACGAUGUCUUACUCCAGACGGGAUGUUCGUUCACCAUCGCCGUACAAGCGGUACGGUCGCUCUAUGUCGAGGUCCUUGUCUAGAUCAAGGUCAUCGUCAAGAAGUCGAUCAAGGAGCCGUGAAAGCAGUGUGGAGAAUCCUGGCAAUAAUCUGUAUGUGACUGGAUUGUCGACACGUGUCACCAGAAGAGAACUUGAGAAGCAUUUCUCAAGUGAGGGAAAGGUUGAGGAUGUUCACCUCGUGACAGACCCAUGGACCAAAGAAUCACGUGGUUUUGGUUUUGUGACUAUGUCCUCUCUUGAGGAGGCAGAUCGUUGCAUUAAGUAUCUGAAUCGCUCUGUGCUUGAAGGGCGUGUCAUCACGGUUGAGAAGGCCCGAAGAAGGAGAGGUCGCACACCAACACCAGGAAGAUACUUGGGGUUGAGGACAUCUCGCAGUCGUGGCCGUUCUACUUAUGCUCAAGGUCUCUCUCUCCAUACUACAGGAGAUCAUCAGUUGGUAGGCGACGCUAUGAUUAUUCUCCUGAUGAAAGGUACUACAGAAGAAGGCGCCGGAGUUACUUCCGUAGCUUCUCACCCAGGGGAAGGAGCUACUCACGCAGUUAUUCUCCGAGACCAAGGAGAAGUUCAAGGAGGAGCUACUCUCGGAGUUACUCACCUAGACCAAGGAGAAGUUCACGAAGGAGUUACUCACCUAAGCCUAGGAGAGGCUCAAGGCAGAGCUACUCCCGUAGCUAUUCACCAAGGCCAAGGAAGAGUAGCAGGAGAAGCUGUUCUCGCAGUUUAUCAAGAAGCCCCAGUAGGAGUGUUUCCUAUUCCCCUAAGAAGUGUGACCGAUCCCUUGAUAGUCACUCAUCCAGAAGCUACUCGGGUCACAGUGCUCCCUCCAGAUCUAGGUCUCUUUCAAAAUCUGCUAGUCUAAGGUCUCCUUCACCGUCUACCUGAACAGACUGGUUUCAUUGUGUAGAAUAAACUCUAAUAUGAUGUUCUCUUAAUUAAUUUAGAUACUUGUCCAAGGCUGAAGUUGACUACCUAUUUAGGCUUUUUGAUUACUCUCUUUCCAUUGUAUUAUAUGUGUAUCUGGAACUUGUUGGGUUUUCUAAACCAGUGAAAUUGUAUUGUGAAGCGGCUUGCAGUUAACCUUUUGUUGGCGUUUUAAUUUGUAGCAGACUGAAGUUUAAA